AAGAAAAUUUUCUUCUCGUUCAAUAGCCAUUUAAGGUUUUGUUUUCGCAUCCACAAAUUCAAUUGAUUUUCAUAUUUUUCUCGCUAAUCAAAACCCAAACGAUCGGAAAAUGUCGAACCCAAACACAAUUCAAAGUCCACCAGCAUCGAAUGAUCAAAUAAUCUAUGUGAAACGCAGUGCACCAAAAUACAGUCAAUCUGGCAUGACCGUCAAAGUGAAAGCCCAAUCGACUGGUGUUGGUGAGGAUCUUUAUUUUAAUCCGCAAUAUUUUUGCACUAAUCCUGGCGUCAUCAAACUCAUUCAAUUGCUGUUUGGAAUAGUUGCACUGAGUUGCAUAUCACCACCUUUGACGUGGUUUUCACGAUUAUUCACCUUCUUUCUGGCCAUUACAUUUGCUAUAACAUUGAUUCUUUGUUUUGCCUAUUUGGUCACAUUGAAGAACGUAUUCUUUCCCAAAUUCAAUUGGCUUACAAUUGAAUUGACUUAUACGAUUUGUUCGUCAAUUUGUUUAUUAAUCACGGCAUUAAUACACAUAUUAUAUAGUUGCCGCCAGGAUUAUCGUUACAGUUUGACCUACUUUAAUUCAUAUUUGGGUACAAGCUAUUUUGGCACUUAUAUCACAUCGGGAGUAUUUGGAAUAUUCAAUUCCAUUGUCUAUGCAAUUGGAGCAUAUUUUCUUAAUAAAGAGCGAAAAUAUGGCGGCAAUACAGUGGCUCCUUCCCGUCCCAAUAAUGAUCGAAUCUAACCAAGUGGUAUUUUUUGAAUCAAAUAAUUUUAUUUUCAUUUUGAUGGUUAACCAGAAACAAAAAAUACAAAUAUUUAUGUUGUUUAACAUUAUUAUCCGUUAUUAAUAAAUCAA